GAAGAGGCGCUCAAUAAAAGCCGACGGUUCAUAUUAUCGAGAAAUGACCGUUGUAAUAAUUUAUCAUAGCAAUUCACAAGAAAAUAAUAACAGCUGCAGCAGGCAACCAAACUGCUCAUCAUUUAAUCGGGCAAAUCUUUCGAAAUCUAAAAUAAAAACAAAACAGAUCUCUUCUGCUUUGACUCAACAAUUGUUACUAUGGACAGGAGCAAUCCUCAUCCUGACCUCAGCGGUGCGGCGGAUUCCUCAGCAAACCCUCCAGCCCGGCCAAACCGCAACUCUACCGAGCUUAUCCCCGUAGAUCCACGCACCGCCGAUCCCGUCGUUUCGCCCAUGUUUGAGAUAACUGCCGCUGAUCGCAUGUACACAGUUCCAAGAGGCUCCGUCAAUCUCUUCGUCCCUGACGCCCAAAUGCUUUUCCAUGUUCUUGGAAUCUGCGACCGGAUGAUGAACUCCACUGACCGGUUUAUCCGGUCAUCCCCAGGGUGGCUCCCAAUCGUCUCCCAGCUUUACAUAGCCGUGCUCUGGAAUUUUAUGAUUCUCAAAGUCUCCCUCAACUCCGGACACGGCGCUAUGGUUGACCUGCCCCAUUUUCAAAUCGGCGAAUGCAUGGUUCCCGGCCCACUAGUCCCAUUCUUCCAGUCCCUUGGCGCAGUCAACGGCCCGUUUGACUGGAUUGGUGAUAUUGUCUGUCCCUCAUCUGCCUGACUUCUCAAUUUUCUGGAACGCCGUGGGGUUCCAUCCGAAUAGUGACUAUGCCCGCCAAGUUCCUGUCCCGGCCCUUAUCCUCGACCAGCUCUACCACUUCGCCAGCUGGCAGGUUCCUAUGUUAGACAACUUCGAAUGGUAUGGGAACAUUUUCUCACAAGAUAUCCACACUCAUAAUUCCUUGAACCGCACGGGGCCACAGCUUUGCGGGUCUCUAUGGACCUCGAGUGCACAACUCGAGGCCGCAAGGCAAUUUUGGAGUGCGACUUUUGAUGAUAGCAGAUUCAGUCGGGUGGAUGCGACUCGUGAUCCAUUCUCUCAUUAUCAUCAACUUUUCGGAUUUGUGUCACAAGCUGGGAGCCCCGCAAUAUGCGUGGUUCCAGCGUGCUACAACUGUCAUGCAUAAGUACGCUCAGUACUUUAAUGAGUCUGUCCCCCUCAAAUGCAUCUCUCCGGUUGGUAUUGGUGCUGUCGUAGUUCAUGGCGAUCCGAUAAGCAACGGACCCACUCGAGACUGGAUUUACCCUAGGAUCGAUGAUAUUGCUCCGUUUCUCACCGGACGCUUCAGCCCACGCCGGGAAAUACCGGACGAUUUUGCGGUGAUAUUUCAACAUGCUGACCGUGAGCUUGUAGUACUGGCUGAACGGUAUGCUAUAGUGGCUCACACCAACAUCCGAUGGCCAGGUUCUAUAGCUGCUCAAAAUGAUUGGACUGCCAUCAACAAUGGGAAUCUCCAUGUUGGAGAUUACUGGCGAAUGAAAAGCCAUCGGUUUUCCUCGCCGAUUAGCCUUAAAUCUCAGUAUGCACAGAUGAUAGCAUCACGGUAUCACCUAGUUUAGUGUGAAACUAAAAGGUCUGCAAACUCUCGUUUUGCUUCUCAUCAAGUACCUUAUGGAGGUAAUUUUUUCAAACCGCUAGUACGAUGCAUAAACAAGGACCUAAUCGUCCCUUCUUCAUCUGUACAAGAAGUUGGGAAAUUUAAAAAUUUUAAUUAUACUCUCUUCAUCCAUUUUGGUUAUCUUAUUUGUGAAUUGUGAGUUCAUGUAUGUUGACUUAUUUCGGUUCGUUUUCUGUAAGUUUUAAUAUACUAGUAGAAACUAAGGGGGGUCCAUGUGUAUGGAAUAUGCCAUACAGUAUAUUUUUAAUAUUUUUUAAUAACUCAGCAGAAUCCGCGCCAAUUUAACCACUUCAACAAUAACUUAAUCAUUUUCAUCUUAAUUAGCCAAUUUCUGCUAUCAAUUGUUUGAUUUGUAUCUGGAUUUUCCUUAAGAGGCCAUUUAGCAAGUUUUCAGCUAAAGGCCGGUAAACAAUUAUUUAAUCAAAAACUAUUUUAUUUAAAAAAUGCUAUUACUAACGACAAGUCAAAACAGCCAACAUAAAUUACCAUCAUUUAUCAGCUAACAACUUACCACCAAUUGUCAAACACCCUCGUUAGAUUUGCCACAAAAAACACCCUUUUUAGGGUAUAUCAUAUCCAACCUCUUUCCAUUGUGUCACUCCAUAUUUAUUUGAAAUCCUUUAAAAGCCUGCUUGAUAAUUUUUAUGUUGAGUUUAUCACUUAAUUAUUGAUCAAAUAUGUAAAUUGUGUUUUCACGUGUUGAAUUUCGUAAUAGUGAAAAUAAUUAAAGUUGAAAUUAUCUAAUAUUCAGUAAAAAAUAACAUUACAUGAAUUGAGCUUCUUAAAAUUUAUUUCAACAACAAAUUAUAUUCUUCAAAAUGAAAACAUCAAACCAUAAAAAAACAAAUAAUGAUAAUUAUUACACAAAGGCUAAAGAGCAAUGUCCAUGAUUACAUAAUUAAAAGGGAAAACUGCUACUAUUAACCCCUUGAGGUUAUGCUAUAAAAACUUGCAUUUUCAAAAAUUAAUUACACUAUUACCCUCCCAAUUUUGAUCAUUCUCAUGUAUGCCCCCUCAUGUUAAUAUCAACUAAAUUAAAGUUUAAUAUAACUCUUAAAUUCAAUUUAAAUUGUAUAUAAAAUUAAAUUUUAAGUCAAACACAAUUUAUUUUCAUAAUUAUAAGUCAUUUAUCUUGAUCGUUAUUUUGUACUUAGUUACUCGGUCAUGGAAUGGAUAUUAAUGAAACUAAUUAAGGCCGAAGACUCACGGGUUGAGUAAUAUUCAUUGGACACGUCAAAGAAAGUUGUUCAAAAUAUGUGUUAUCACAAUUCUAGACACCUCUUCAUCAUGAAUAUAAGUCUUAUUUGUAAUUCAUCAGACUGCAUUAAUCUCAAUGACAUUUGUUUCGUGUGCAGCAAAGAAGAAAUACCAAGGAAAAAGGGAUUUUAGUAAUCUAUGACCUAAAAGAUUUGUCUGGUAUAAAUUACGGGCCUAAAAAUAGAAUGUAUGAUAUAGGAUCUAAAUAAUAGAAAGUUACCAAUAUAUCUAAGGCUUAAAAUUAAAGAUUUCUAUUUUUAUUAAUUCCAUUACUAAUUUUUUAUGUUUUUUCUUCACAAAAAAUUUAUAAGUUUAAUAAUAUUAAAGGGAGAACUAUCAAAUAAGCCCUCGAACUUUCAUAAAAAGUCCAAAUAAGUCCUUUUACAGGAGGCUUUGUCCGGCUGUCGCCAUUUGGGCCGGUUUCCGGUGGAAUUUUUUGAUGAAUUUUUUUGAGCAUCUUC